CCGCGCUGGGGGCGGGGCCGUGACGUCACUUCCGCGCGCAGCCGCCUUCCGGUCGCGGCCCAGAACCCGCGAGUGUCGCAGCGUCCGCCCCCGCCCCCGCCAUGUCGCGAUUCUUCACCACCGGCUCCGACAGCGAAUCGGAAUCGUCCGUUUCGGGCGACGAAUUAACGGCCAAACCGGCGGGCGGCAACUACAGCAAGCCGCUGCUGCUGAGCGAGGACGAGGAAGACACGAAGCGGGUGGUGCGAAGCGCCAAGGACAAGCGCUUCGAGGAGCUGAACAACCUGAUCAAGACGAUCCGCAACGCGAUGAAGAUCCGCGACGUCACCAAGUGCCUGGAGGAGUUCGAGCUGCUGGGCCGCGCCUACGGGAAGGGGCGGGGCGUGGUCGACCGCGAGGGCGUGCCCCGCUUCUACGCCCGCAUCCUGGCCGACCUGGAGGACUACCUCAACGAGCUGUGGGAGGACAAGGAGGGGAAGAAGCGGAUGAACAAGAACAACGCGAAGGCGCUGGGCACCCUCCGGCAGAAGCUGCGCAAGUACAACCGCGCCUACGAGGCCGCCAUCGCCAGCUACCGGCAGAACCCGGAGCAGUCGGACGAAGACGAGGAGAAAAAGAGCCGCGACUCGGAGGGCUCCACCUCUUCCUCGUCGGCCUCGUCGGAGGAGGAUGAGGAGGGCGUCGGCGCCUUCCUCAGGAAGAAGGAGGGCGACGGGCGCGGGCGCUUCCUCAAGAAGGCGGAGGCGGAGGAGGAGGAGGAGGAGGAGUCGGACGACGACGAAGAUUGGGGCUCCUCGGACUCGGACACGGACUCGGAGUCGGACGAGGACGAAGGCAAAUACACCUCGUUGGCCUCCAAGUUCCUGAAGAAGGAGGAGGAGAAGAAGGGCGGGGAGAAGAAGCGGGAGGAGAAGGCGAAGAAGAAGCACGACCGCAAGAGCCGCCGCUACGAGGAGGAGGAGGAGGACGGCGAAGGCGAGUGGGAGAAGGUCAAGGGCGGGGUCCCGCUGGUCAAGGAGAAGCCCAAGAUGUUCGCCAAGGGGACGGAGAUCGACCACGCCGCCGUGGUGAAGAAGCUCAACGAGAUCCUGCAGGCGCGGGGGAAGAAGGGCACGGACCGGGCGGCGCAGAUCGAGCUGCUGCAGCUGCUGGUGGGCAUCGCCGCCGAGAACGGGCUGGGCGUGGCGCUGGAGGUCAAGAUCAAGUUCAACAUCAUCGCGUCGCUCUACGACUACAACCCCAACCUGGCCACCUACAUGAAGCCGGAGAUGUGGCAGAAGUGCCUGGGCUGCAUCGAGGAGCUGCUCGACGUCCUCUUCGCCCACCCCGAGAUCUUCAUCGGGGAGAACAUCGUGGAGGAGUCGGAGAACCUGUCCAACCCCGAGCAGCCCCUGCGCGUGCGCGGCUGCAUCCUCACCCUGGUCGAGCGCAUGGACGAGGAGUUCACCAAGAUCAUGCAAAACACCGACCCCCACUCGCAAGAGUACGUGGACCACCUGAAGGACGAGGCGCGGGUGUGCGCCAUCGUCGCCCGCCUCCAGCGGUACCUGCAGGAGAAGGGCACGACGGAGGAGCUCUGCCGCGUCUACCUGCGCCGCGUCCUCCACACCUACUACAAGUUCGACUACGGCGCCCGCCGCCGCGACCCCCGGGGGGCCCCCGAGGGCGGGGGGGAGGAGGAGGAGGAGGAGGAGGAAGGCUCGGCCGCCCUCAUGGAGCGCCUCUGCAAGUACAUCUACGCCAAGGACCGCACCGACCGCAUCCGCACCUGCGCCAUCCUCUGCCACAUCUACCACCACGCCCUGCACAGCCGCUGGUACCAGGCGCGCGACCUCAUGCUCAUGUCCCACCUGCAGGACAACAUCCAGCACGCCGACCCCCCCCCGCAGAUCCUCUACAACCGCACCAUGGUCCAGCUGGGGAUCUGCGCCUUCCGCGAGGGGCUGAUCAAGGACGCGCACAACGCCCUGCUGGACAUCCAGUCGUCGGGGCGCGCCAAGGAGCUGCUGGGGCAGGGGCUGCUGCUGCGGAGCCUGCAGGAGCGCAACGCCGAGCAGGAGAAGGUGGAGAAGCGGCGGCAGGUGCCCUUCCACAUGCACGUCAACCUGGAGCUGCUGGAGUGCGUCUACCUGGUGGCGGCCAUGCUGCUGGAGAUCCCCUACAUGGCGGCCCACGAGUUCGACGCCCGCCGCCGCAUGAUCAGCAAGCAGUUCCACCACCAGCUGCGCGUCGGCGAGCGCCAGCCCCUGCUGGGGCCGCCGGAGUCGAUGCGGGAGCACGUGGUGGCGGCCUCGAAGGCGAUGAAGACGGGGGACUGGCGCUCCUGCCACCGCUUCGUCGUCAACGACAAGAUGAACGGCAAAGUCUGGGACCUGUUCCCCGAGGCCGAUAAAGUGCGAGCCAUGCUGGUCAGGAAGAUCCAGGAGGAGUCGCUGCGCACGUACCUCUUCACCUACAGCAGCGUCUACGACUCCAUCAGCAUGGAGAUCCUGGCGGAGAUGUUCGAGCUGGACCUGCCGACGGUUCACAGCAUCAUCAGCAAAAUGAUCAUCAACGAGGAGCUGAUGGCGUCCCUGGACCAGCCGACGCAGACGGUGAUGAUGCACCGGACGGAGCCGACGGCGCAGCAGAACCUGGCGCUGCAGCUGGCCGAGAAGCUGGGCAACCUGGUGGAGAACAACGAGAGGGUCUUCGACCACAAACAAGGCUCCUACGGGGGUUAUUUCCGGGAUCAGAAGGACGGCUACCGCAAGGGCGACGGCGGCUACCUGCGCCGCGGCGGCUACCGCCAGCAGGAGCGCGGCUCCAACUACUGAGCCCCGCCCCGGAUUCGGCCACGCCCCAGCGGCGGCCACGCCCCAGCGGCGGCCACGCCCCCCCCUCCCCCCCCCCCGCUACAAUAAAGCAGCCGUUCGGCCUCACC